CCCGGGGAUGACUACGGGCUGAUUCGGGGCGGUUUCCUGGCGGUCUUCCAGCCUCGUGUCUCUCAACUCAUGAACUCCGCCCCGAGUCCAUCCAGAGCCCAAUGCUGUGGCAACAUCAUGCAACCUUACACUUGCACCUGCAAUCCAGACUGUCAUGUUCCGGAAACUCGUACGCCUGGGGAAAAAACGGGGCGAUGAAGCUCAUGAGCCGCGAUUUCACCAGAGCGCACCAGAAUCCAGCAAGCCCAACUUCGGCUCGUCGGACACAUCCCUCGAGGAGCAUAUUGAAUCCAUAUCAUUACGAACAAAUACCUCUGCUGCCGAGAGCCAGCACCCUCAUGAAAACAGCCAGCCGGAAACAGGCCCAUUGGGUUUAAAUGUCGUCUAUACUCCAGAAAAUGGACACAAGGCAGAUAUCGUUUUCCUACAUGGCCUUGGAGGGACUAGUCGCAUGACAUGGUCGAAGGAUAAAGAUCCGGACCUCUUCUGGCCGCUUACUUUUCUGCCCCUCGAACCAGAUAUCUGCCUGGCCAGGAUUCUGACUUUUGGAUACAAUGCUUCCGUCCACAGAGCAGGUAAUGUCGGCACCUCGAUACUGGACUUUGCCAAAGGUCUGCUCUUUGACCUCAAGUACGCGAAGGAUGAGCAAAAGGAGGACCUGAACAUGGGAAGCGUGCCUCUGAUAUUUGUUGUCCACAGUAUGGGAGGACUUAUCGUGAAGGAAGCAUACAUGCAAGGUCAGAACGAUCCUGAAUAUGAAUCCAUCAUCAAAGCCAUUUCUGCAAUCGCCUUUCUUGCCACACCACAUCGCGGUACGGAGUUGGCCAAUAUUUUGAACCGUAUCUUGCAAUCUGCCAUGGUCACAAAUUCAAAGCAAUAUAUAUCAGACCUCGCGAAGAACUCGUUUACGUUACAAAAGCUCAACGAGCAGUUUCGUCAUAUUGCACCCAAGCUGGAUAUUGUUUCCUUAUAUGAAACUCGACCAACGUCGAUUGGACUGAAGAAUGCCCGAGUUAUGAUACUUGAAAAAGACUCCUCUGUGCUUGGGUACCCUGGGGAGACCUCAAAGGCAUUAGACGCUGAUCACCACGGCGUUUGCAAGUACGACAGUCCUCGAGACCCAAAUUAUAUCACUAUCAGAAAUGUCUUGAAGUCAAUCAUAAGCAAGAUCAUUUCAAGUACAGCGAACAAGCGGCCUCCAACAACGCGAAGAGAAUCACACGAUUUGAAAUCCUUGUUGGCUAUCACGGAACUGCCGGGCGUGGACUAUAGCUUCUUUCGAGAUCAAUGGGUUCACGGGACCAGUGAUUGGAUCCUCCAAGAUAAAAAAUAUCUCGAUUGGGUACAUGAUCCGGGCCCGUCACCACGCCUGCUGUGGAUAAACGGUGGGCCGGCAUCAGGGAAGUCUGUGAUAUCCUCUUUCAUUAUUAAUGACCUUGUGGAACAGGGGGCCUCUGUGCAAUACUUCUUCGUCAGAUUUGGCUAUCAAAAGAAACGGUGUCUAAGCUUGGUGCUGCGCUCAAUCGCCUACCAGAUCGCACAAACCUGGCCGGAUUUCUCACACAAAAUUACUGAGCUUAAAGGUGAAGGCUUCGAGUUCGAAACAGCCGACCAGAGGACCAUUUGGGAACGCAUCUUCAAGCUAAUACUUUUCAAUAUGGAAGAACAGCGGGAGCCACUGUAUUGGAUCAUUGAUGGUCUUGACGAAGCAGAUGAUCCCCGGGCAGUUAUUAGAUUUCUUUCCAGCAUCUCCUCGCCCUCGAUACCGAUUCGAAUCUUGCUUGUGGGGCGAAAUUCCUCGGACAUGGAGGCUGCUUUCCAGAAAGUCCCGAAGUCACUGAAUCUACGUUCUAUUAGCAUUGAAGGCCACUUGGAAGACAUGCGCUGUUAUAUUCGUCAGGAACUCAGCAUGUCUGGUAGUGCUGAAUUCAAGGAGAGCAUUGUAGAGCGAUUGGUGGAAGGAGCACAAAACAACUUCCUUUGGGUGCGACUUGUUGUUGAUAAAGUGAACACGUGUCACACCCGCCCUGACGUUGAGCGCGCUCUCGAAGAAUUACCAGCUGGCAUGGAAGCACUUUAUGAUCGGAUGGCACGAUCACUCGCUCAGAGUCUAUCAGUAACAGAUAGAGCGUUUGCAUCAACCAUUCUACAAUGUGUCACCUGUUCAUUACGGGUGCUGACUGUUACCGAACUGUCACAGGCAUUAGAUCAGAACACGACUGAAAUGCUGGAAUCGCUAGACUUUCAGCGGUCCGUUAUAGAUCUAUGCCGGGGCUUCGUCGUUAUUGACAAUGGUGGUAAUGUUGACAUGGUCCAUCAAACAGCUCGGGAAUACUUGCUCAGCAGCGACGACCACCCUUUCCACCUUGAUCCCUAUGCCGCUCACCAUCAAAUGUUCUUGAGUUGUAUGCGGUGUCUCAUGGCUCCCGGUCUUCGAGCAAAGCUUGGCCGGAGUCAAAAGCCCGAAUUUCUCGAAUAUGCUGCGACUUUGUGGUCCUCGCAUCUCAUAUCGACGCCAAUCGAUUGUGAGCAGGUAUUCCAAGUGAUGAAGAAGUUCUUCACUGGCCAUUGGGUUUUAACCUGGAUUUAUGCACUUGCAACCAGUAACCAGCUGCGUGUUCUUGUCCAAGCAUCGAAAAAUCUUUCAAAGUACACUGCCAAACGAAAAGUAUAUGAUUCUGCACGCAAUGAACGCCGAAUCGUGGAGCAAGAACUUCUGGAAAGCUGGGCUGUGGAUCUUCUAAAGAUCGUCGGCAAGUUUGGAACAAAUCUGCGUCGAAAUCCCGAGUCGAUCUACAAAAUUGUACCUCCUUUCUGCCCACAAAAUUCUUCAAUCUACCAGCUAUUCGGCAAGGUGGAGGCCAAGAGCUUGGUGGUGUCAGGACUAUCAACAGACAGCUGGGACGAUUCACUUGCACGUAUGUCCCUCGGGUAUGGCACCCGUUCAUCAUCCAUCAUGGCAGUCGGAUCUCAAGUUGCGGUUCUGGCAACGCCGGGGAGUAUUUUCAUGUAUGACUCUUCUACCUUUGAAGAAACGGCACUCAGUCCCUUUACACAUGGCGAGAGGGUGUACAGGAUGGAAUUUAACAGCACUGCGACAAUGUUUGCAACGUAUGGCUACCGGACUGUGAAAUUCUGGGAGACUGCUACCGGGAAAUGCAAGAUAUCCGUGGAGACGCUCCAAUCACGACCUAGACCACUUGCUAUGCUCUUCGUCAAGAAUAACACUGAGCUUUUUGUUGGCUUCGAAGACAGGAAGAUCAGGUCCCUCGAUUUGAAUCAAUCCACUUCUCCAACUUGGCAGCUUGUGGCCGAGCUGGAAGAGGAAGAGCUUGAAGGGCACAACUUGAACUCAUCGAGUUAUAUGGCCUUAAAUAGGGAUGGAAGCCUGAUUGCCGUGGCUUACCGAGGACACCCACUUUCAGCAUGGGAGAUUGAUGGACAAUUGCAUAUUGGCCACUGCUGGAGAAAACGGGAAGAGAUUUGCAGGGGCGAAGUAAUCGAAGCUGUCUGGCAUCCACAUACUCCAGAAUUACUUGGUCUUUACAUUGAAGGUGUAGUCUUCAAAUGGCGCCCAUACGAGAAUGAAGUUGACGAGAUUGCCACCGGGGCAUCUAGACUAGCGAUCAGCAGAGAUGGUAUACUUUUCGCUACCGGUGAUGUGCGUGGUACCGUGAAAGUCUUCACAACUUCCGGCUUCUCUCCUAUUUAUCAAUUAACAUCUCAGGAAAACGUGCUUGGCCUGAUAUUCAGUCCUGACCUUCGCCGCUUUUAUGAUAUCAGGGGCUAUUAUGCCAACGCUUGGGAGCCAAAUGCUCUGAUGAAAUUUGCGGAGCAUACAGGGAAAGAUAACGAGAGUGAAGCGGACAGCAUUGCUCAAAGUUCCACCGCAUACACGAGCAAAUCUCAAAGUAUCGAUGCCAUCACAGCACUUGCCUGCUCUCCUACAGGUCGCCUUUAUUGCUGUGGUACGGAGAAAGGCACUGUACGUUUACACAACGCACAGGGGAGUAAAAUUGCGGAUCUGUUUAUUUCCGAGGGUGUCGUGAGCAUCGAGCAGAUCGCCUGGAGUAUGGAUGGUCGAUAUAUCUCCUUCUCCGAUUCAGAUGAACAAGUCGUCAUAAUGUCAAUAAGUUCUGGUGCUGGGGCUACAGCCCCAAUUGUGGAGACCGCAGCCAAAAUUGAGGUUGAGAUCAAGCAGGGGGGCAUUCUACAAUUACUAUUUCAUCUGGAUUCAAGCCAGCUUUUGGUCCACAAUGCUUCAACAACACACGUCAUCUCACUGACUACUUACUCAAUAACACACUCAUUGGAGGCGCCCAAGAGUCCUCGCAAAUGGAUCAAUCAUCCUCAAGACCCAGCUUUGGUCAUUGGCUUUGGUCCUCUGGCCAUCCACAUUUUGGACUGGGCACUAGUCAAAAGCUGUGUAUACACAUUCGAGCUUCCACUAUAUCUGAGCCUGCCAUCAAAUCCGACAAGGUCAUUGGACCAAGCUAAGGUCGAUCGAGUCUUCCUAACCUCUGACAAAAAGCACACCUUGGUUCAGAUGUCAUCCUUAAAACAAGGAUCCCAGGAAAAGACGUUCUUAAUGUUCAAAAUAUCGUCAUUCUCAACUUCUACGACCCCACCCCCAGAGGAUGAGCAGAAAAGGAGCCCAAAAAUAAUAACACCGACUAUCCUGCCUUCGAGAAUCUCCGCCCAAAUCGCCCUCGCUUUCUCCUUCCUCUCCCAUGAUCGCCUUGUAUUCCUUUCCAAAACCUUUUCGAUUUGUACCUGGCAAGUCACACCAGAUGGAGAACCGCUCUCAUUUUCCGUUCCAAGCGCCAGAUCUGAGGUUGUGGCUACAAAGAGCAACACAGCUGUCUCCAGUGCUGUCGCUGGGGAAAUGCCCAAGGAGCUUUUCUCGCUGCCCGGAGAUUGGAUUAGUAGAGACUGCUUGGUUUUGUGUUCUGUCUGGGGUGUGGAGAAAUCUUUUCUGUGUCCGAGGAAUGGGGAGAUUGCUGUUGUGAAGUGCGCUGCCUUGGCUUGAGAGUUGUUGUAAUUUUUCUGUAAAUGGUUCUUUCAAGCUCAUAUGAUAUGAUACCUUCUACAUUGGCUAGGGGUGCUUUACCAGUGCCGAGCGAGUGUCCAGCCGAACGACAAGGACGUGUGGGGAGGUGGAAAUUUCCGAUAUGCAGAGAAAGCAGGCACAGCGAGGCAAGUGCUCAUAGCUUCUCCAGCAAUAACCAGCCUUGCAGACCGCAAAGCAAAGUUGUACAGUAGUGGAAACUCCAGUAAGACAGGUCAAUAAUAUAAUUCGAUUUCGAAGUGCAU